AUGGUACGUAACACCUACAUCUAUCCGCCAGAGCCAUCGAUGAGAAUUAUUGGAGACAUCUUUGCUUACACAAGUAAAGAAAUGCCCAAAUGGAACAGCAUUUCCAUUUCUGGAUACCAUAUGCAGGAAGCAGGUGCUGAUGCAGUUUUGGAGAUGGCGUUCACCAUCGCCGAUGGCAUCCAGUACUGCGAAACGGGAAUCAACGCAGGUCUCACCAUCGAUGAGUUCGCUCCUCGUCUCAGCUUCUUCUGGGGCAUUGGAAUGAACUUCUACAUGGAAAUAGCCAAAAUGCGAGCCGCUCGACGUCUGUGGGCUGACCUUAUCAAGGAACGCUUCAGUCCAAAGAGCAGCAAAUCGCUUAUGCUCCGCACUCACUCGCAAACCAGCGGAUGGUCUCUGACUGAACAGGAUCCAUACAAUAACAUUAUUCGAACCACUAUCGAAGCCAUGGCGUCAGUGUUUGGUGGAACUCAAUCGCUGCACACCAACUCCUUCGACGAGGCCCUCGGUCUGCCCACGAAAUUCUCGGCUCGAAACACACAAAUCAUCAUCCAAGAAGAGAGCGGUAUUUGCAAGGUCGCGGAUCCAUGGGGAGGUUCGUACAUGAUGGAGUCGCUAACAGAUGAAAUCUAUGAUAAGGCGCGAAAGGAGACGAAAGUCGAUGUGCUUCACGUUGAUAACCAGAAAGUACGUGAGCAACAAAUUGCCAAGCUGGAACACAUUCGCAAGACCAGGGACCCGCAGAGAGCUAAGGCAGCCCUCGAAGCGAUCACUGAGGGAGCUGCUGGCAAUGGAAACCUCAUGGCUUUGGCUAUUGAAGCGUCUCGCGCUCGAUGCACUGUUGGUGAAAUUAGCGACGCCAUGGAGAAAGUCUUCACCCGAUAUGCUGCUGUCAACAAAAUGGUGUCAGGUGCCUACAAAUCAGAAUUCGGAGAAACGGACGAGCUCGCUCAGGUUAUGGAACGUGUGAAGCUUUUGCUGCGAAGGAAGGUCGUCAACCGCGCCUCAUGGUAG